AUGCCAGAUCAACGCGUUCUCCCCCCGGCAAGGUCACCUGCUACCGCGAAUACAGGCCCGAGGAGGAGGAGCAGUGAUAUUACCGCCGCCCAUUCUACUGCCCUCGAGAGUGCUAAUAAUACUACAUCAUCGUGUAAUUCUAAUUCAAAUCCUCCAUGUAAUGACCCACCUUCUUCCUCAUCAUCCUCUCCUCCUCCUCUACCUCCCACUCGCCUAAGGCUAAGCCCUGUCAUCAUCAUCGUGCUGUCUCCCCUUGCCAUUCUUAUUCUAUCCGCCGCGCUACUGCCCGUCUUUUGGAGCAGCAGCACGACGACGGCCUUACUAGCUUCGGAACAGCCUGCACUUAGCGGUGGUGGUAUUAGUAUUAGUGGUGGUGCUGGGAGAGUUGCUUCUUCUUCUUCUUCUUCUCUUCCUGCCCCCCCUUCGUCUGCUCUUGCCCCUCCUUCCUCUUCUCUUCCUUCUCUUGCUUCGCUUGACCAUUCAUUAUUCUAUUCUGCUACCCCAUCAUCAUCAUCAUCAUCAUCAUCAUCAUCAUCAUCAUCAUCAUCAUCAUCAUCAUCAUCAUCGUCUACAUCACCACCAUCCCCACCACCACCGCCAUCUAGCGAAAAGUCCCACAUCAUUGACCAACACCAUUUACACACCCACAUCACCAACGUUAACAACAACGACUCCCCCCACCACCACCACCACCACCACCACCACAACGCCUCAUCCACCAUGACCACCUCCACCUCCGUAAUCGUCGCCGCCACGGCCCACGACGACCUCAACCACGUCCCCACCCUCCCCCCCAGCACCACCCUCAGCUACCUAGCCGAAGGCGCCGCAAACCUCCUCCGCCUCCGAAAGGCCCUCCCCAGCGCGCAGCCAAACAAACUCGCCUACGCCCACCUCCUGCACACCUUCCACCCGCUCUUCCCCGCCCACCUCCUCCUCCCCACAUCCCUCAUCCGCAUCCCCCCCUCCCUCCUCGCGCGCGAAAACGUCGCCCUCCGCGAACUCGAGGCGGCGGGGAAGCGCCCCGCCAAGCGCGUGGGGCUGUAUCUGGAGGAGGUGGACGAGCAGUUUGGGUUCCUGAUCAUGGACAUGUCGCCGCACCCCCUCCCCCUCCUCGACACCACCACCGCCACAAUCACACCGCCGCCAUCACCGGGACUCUUCGCCCGCGCACUGGCGUUCCUACCAAACCUAGUGCGGCGCGCGAAGCGGCGGGGUAGCAGCAGCAGUAGCAGUAGCAGUAGCAGUAGUAGCGACGCAGGCCCAGACUUAACGCUCCCCGCGCACGCACAGCGCACGCGGCAGCUGCUCAUCGAGUUCAAGCCGAAAUGGGUGGUACAGUCGCGGUCGGCGCCCGACGGCUGGCGCCGCUGCCGCACGUGCGCUCUGCGCCUGUCAAAGGCGCAGAAACACUCCUUCUGCCCGCUCGACCUCGCGUCGGGCGACGAGGAGCGCGUCCGGCGCGCCGUGGGGUUCAUUGUUCCGCAGAAGCAGCCGGCGAACCUGGUGUUGGCGCGGGGGGUGGGGUGGGGCGAGGCGCAGGGGGUGAUACGGGAGCGGUUGGUGCGGUUUGUGGUGGAGGGGGAGAUGAUGGGGGAGCUGGUGAGGCUGCAUGGGGAGUUGGAUCCGUAUGGGCCGGUUGCGGUGCAUGCGAUGGGCGAGAGGGAGAGCGGGGUGAGGGAGAGGUUUGUUAGUGCCAUGACGGUGAGGGAUUUGACGGUGUUUUUGAGGGUGGAUUUGGAUAGUGGGGAGGUGGAGGCGCGGAUUGGGGAUUUGGAUUUGAAGACGGGGGAGGCGGGGAAGUGGGCGUAUUGGGCGGGCGUGGAGGGGAAGUUGGCGGAGGAGGGGUAUUAUGAGGGCGUGGAGGAGGGCGCGGAGGAGAAGGGCGUGUGGUGUAGGCCGUAG